AUGCCGUCCCCUCCCCAGGCUCUGCAGCAACAGCAGCUGCAGCAGCAGCAGCAGCAGCAGAAACAGCAGCAGCAGCAGCAGCAGAAGCAGCAGCAGCAGCAGCAGCAGCAGCAGCAGCAGCAGCAGCAGCAGCAGCAGCAGCAGCAGCAGCCCCCCCAGGCAGCAGCAGCAGCAGCAGAAGCCUCUUUCAACCUCACCUGGGGCGUCAGGGGCCCCUGGGGCCCCUGGGGCCCCCAGGGGGGCCCCCAGGGGGGCCCCCAGGGGGGCCCCCCUCAGGGGCCCCCCUUGGCAGAUCCCCCCCUGCAAAUUGCCCUGCCUCUCCUUCGGCCCCUACUGAGGGCCACCGUGAGGCUCUCAGUGGCCCUCAAAGCUGCUGCAGAGGCGGCAUUGGGGUCCUUGGGGGCCCCCAGGGGGCCCCUGGGGGCCCCCGGGGGGCCCCUGGGGGCCCCCAGGGGCCCCCUGGGGCCCCCCCUGGGGCCCUUGGGGACUCCCAGCGGGGCCCCGGGGGCCCCCGAAAGGCCCCCGGAGUUCCCCAGGGGGCCCCUGGGGCCCCCCUGGGGAACUCCUGGGGGGCCCCCGGGGGCCCCCAGGGGUGGGCCCCGCAAAGAGGCCAGCUGUUGUGGGGCCCCAGAGGGCUGCGAGGGGGGCCCCCAGGGGCCCCCGGGGGCCCCUGUUGCAGAGAUGCUGCAGCUGUACCACAAGUUGCUUUUUUGUUUUCUGGAGACCCUGCGCUGCGCCCUUAGGGCUGCCAGCAGGCACCAGAGGGGCCCCCAGGGGGGCCUCGUGGGGGCCCCCCUGUCCAUUAGGGAAGUGGCAGCAGUUGCUGGGUCUUCUAAAGGCAUCAAUGCAGCUCUCCAGCUCCUCUCACACAUCCAAUCAUCAGGGGCCCCCAUAGGGGCCCCCACGGGGGCCCCCACGGGGGCCCCCACAGGGGCCCCCACAGGGGCCCCCACAGGGGCCCCCACAGGGGCCCCCACAGGGACCCCUAUAGCAGACCUCGCAGGGGGACCCACAGGGGCCCCCACAGGGGACCCUUCAGGGGUCCCCACAGGGGCCCCCAUAUGGAAUACUUCUGGAGGGUACUGCCAGGGCCCAGAAGCCCCUUUUGGGGGCCCCCUUGAGAGUCCCCAGAAGGCCAUUGGGGCCCCACCAGAGGCCCCUGACAGGGAGGGCCCCCAUUUUGCCGCGCCCCCCGAAAGGAUCUUAGCUGCCUUCCGGGGGCCCCCUAGGGGGCCCCCUGGGGGCCCCCUAGGGGGGCCCCCUGGAGGCCCCCCUGGGGGGCCCCAUGAGGGGCCCCCUGAGGAGGUGGCCCCGGGGGGGGCCCCCAGCGGGCCUUUUCGAGGGGUUGCAGGGGGCCCCCAAAGGGGGGCCCCCGAGUUCUGUCUAGUGAGGGCCCGCAUGGCUUUGCUGCAGCUUCUUGAGAGACUCAUUUGGGAGGCCCAGGGGGACUGGGGGGCCCCCGCAGGGGCCCCCAUUAUUCAGACAAAGGGGCUGAUUCCGUGGGGUGCUGCUGCGCCAGAGCAGCAGCAGCAGCUGCUGCAGCAGCUGCAGCAGCUGCAGCAGCAGCAGCAGCGCCGGCUGCAGCAGCAAGACGCAGACGAAAUGGCCGAGGUGGAAAGGCUGGUAUUUGCUGCUGCAGUUCUUUCAGAGGCCCGCGCAAGAGGGGGGCCCCCCAAGGGCUCUCAGGGGCCCUUUUUCUUGGCACUUUCUCUGGUGAGUGAAGCCCUUAUUAAAAGGCUAGACAUAUUUCUUUCAACUCCCCCGGAGGCCCUGCGGGGGCCCCUGCAGGGGGCCCCCUGGGGGGCCCUGCAAGGGGCCCCCUGGGGGCCCCUCCAGGGGGCCCCCCGGGGGCCCCACGCCCAAGAAGACCCCCUGUGGGGCCCCCCACCUCCACUUUUCCCCGAAGCUGCGCUGCACGAGCUGCUUCCUGCGGGGCUGCUGGGGCCCCCAGGGGCCCCCGGCCCUGCAGCAAUAUGUUUGCUGCCGCUGCUGCUGCUGCAGUCUUUUGCUGCUGGGGCCUUUGUCCACGACGGGCUCGUCUCGGGCAUUUGCCACUACCUGGUGAGGCCCCUCAGGGGGCCCCCCGAAGAGUGGGGGCCCCUCGAGGAGGGGCCCCCACAAGUCCUGGGGGGCCCCCAAGAAAGGGGGGCCCCCAUGGGUUUUCAUUCGCGGGCCCUAGGGGCCUGCGGGGGCCUCCAGGGCUCCCGGAGGGGCUCCUGGGGCCCCCAAGGGGGCCCCCAAGGGGGCCCCCAGGGGGGCCCCAAGGGGGGCCCUCAGGAGGGCCCCCAAGGGGGCCCCCAGCCGUCAUGUUUGCUGGACUAUUGGCCCUCAGCUGCCGUCUGCGACCUUGCGAGGUACUUGAGGCUUUUGGGGGCCCCCAAUCCUCCCUUUUUUCGGUUUUUGUUUUCUCAUUACUUGCCUCCGGGGGCCCCCCAGAAGGGCCCCGGGGGGGCCCCCCCUGGGGGCCCCCAGAGGGGCCCCCAGAAGGGCCCCCACAAAAGCCUGCAUGCUGGGCGGCCUCUCUGGGGCCCCCGGAGCCUCCGUUGCAGCAGCAGCAGCAGAAGCAGCAGCAGCAGCAGCAGCAGCAGAGUGGGAAAGUCGCCAUCGCUAGCAGCAAGAGCAGCAGCCUUCACUGCAGCAGCAGCACAGAAGGGCAUGGCCGAUGCUGCAGCAGCAGCUGGGGCUCUGGACCCUUCGGAAGUUGCUGCUGGGGGGCCCCCCUGGGGGCCCCUCUUAGAUGAUUGGGACUCAGCAGCUGGUUGGCUGCUGCGGCUCUCGCGGCGGCAGCGGCGGCUGCUGCGGCUGCUGCAGCAGCAGGGGGGCCCCCCCCUUGGGGGCCCCGGGGGGCCCCGGGGGCCCCUCCAAACCCACAUUCGCAGCUUCUCAAGCUGCAGCAGGCAGCAGCUGCUGCAGCUGCUGCUGGCAGCAGCAAACUCCGGGGCUGUUCCCCCCAGCCCGCAGUGGCUGCAGUACUUAGCAGCACUUCUCAGGGACGGCCCAGGGGGCCCCACAGCACGCAGGGAAGCAGCAGCAGCAGCAGCAGCAGCAGCAGCAGCAGCAGCAGCAGCAGAUAUUGAAACCCUAGCUCUGGCGUUGCCGUACUUUCCUCCUUUGUCCCUCUUGCCAGCCUUUUGGGUCUCUUCAAAAGAAAUUAAAAACCCCAAAAGGGCCCUCUCAGGGAACUGGGGGGCCCCAGGGGCCCCCACGUGCUGCGAGACUCAAAGGGUUGUGCUUGGGGGCCCCCAGGGGCCCCCAAGCACAUCAGGGGCCCCUCCGAGGCCCCAGGGGGGCCCCCUGGGGGCCCCCUGGGGCCUCUCUGGUUUUCUUUGUGGGCCUCUUAUGCCAAAUAAAUUAGCUGCUGUCUCUCUCUCGGCCUUGCCGAGUUUGCUGCUAGGGCUGGUGCUGCAGGCGCCGCCUCCCCAGCAGCAGCAGCAGCAGCAGCAGCAGCAAAACAGCAGCAGCAGCAGCAGCAGCGUGCGGUGGCGGGCACUUGGGGCUGUUGCUGCUGCUCUAGAGAACACAGCUGGAGGCCUUUUGGCUUUGUGGCAGCAGCAAUUUGCCCCGCUGCACCUUCGAGGCCUGCCUCUUGCUGCAGUCUUCGAUAUCAGCAGCAGCAGCAGCAGCAGCAGCAGCAGCAGCAGCAGCAGCCAACAGGAACACCUUGCUGCUGAGGGGGCCCCAGCAGCUGAGGGGGCCCCCAGGGGGCCCCCAGCAGCAGCUGUUACGGGCAAAGGAGUUGCCAGGCUCUGUAGACAAGCAGCAAUUGCCUCUUUGGCUCUUGCGCACUUAACUAGGGCCAUUCCCGUCACAGCAGCAGCAGCAGCAGCAGCAGCAGCAGCAGCAGCAGCAGGAGAAACAGCAUUAGGAGCAGCAGCGGGAACAGCAGCAGGAACAGCAGCAGUCGUAGGAGGGGGGGCAGCCGCAGAAAGAGCCGCAGUGGCAGCAGCGGGAGCAGCAGCAGCAGCAGCAGCAGAAGCAGCAGCAGCAGCAGCAGAAGCAGCAGCUGCUGCUGCUGCUAGCCAGCAGCAGGGCCGCCAGCAAGGGCCCUUGCUGCGGAGACAGAAGCAGCGAAAAGCUUUUGCUGCUUCUCUUUCUGUCUCCUGUCUCCUUCAGCUGCUGCCGCUGCAGUCGCUGCGCCACCUGCUGCUGCUGCUGCUGCUGGCUUCAGACCUUUCCCUUUGGGGGGCCCCCGGGGGGCCCCAGCAGCUCGCGGGAGGCAUCACUGAGGCCAUUUUAGACCUUUUAGAGCAACUACAGCAGCAGCAGCAGCAGCAGCAGCAGCAGCAGCAGCUCUUGCAGCGUGAAAGAGCCCCUUUCCUUUUGCCAGAGGGCCAGCAGUGUGCAGCAGCAGCAGCAGCAGCAGCAGCAGCAGCAGCAGCACUUCGGACUCAGCAGCGCCUGGAGAUCCUGACUGCCUUAGAGGAAGCUUGGGGGACACAAAGUCAUGAGCCACUGCAGCAGCAGCAGCAGCAGCAACAGCAGCAGCAACAGCAGCAGCACUGUUUAGAUGAGGGGCCUUCGGCCUCGCAGUUCCAGCGCGAAGUAGCCGCAGCGCUCGAGGGCCUCCGCAGCAGCAGCAGCAGCAGCAGCAGCAGCAGCAGCAGCUGUGGGGCCCCCUACCCCAGCCGCAGCAGCAGCAGCUGCGGGGGGCCCCCACGUCCCUUGCAGCUUAGAAAAGAGGUACCUGUGGGCCCCUAUUAUAUUGACAUUUUGUGGGGGCCCCUCUGA